AUGAAGGAACUAUUCGAAAUUCAUAAACCUAUCAUGCUGGACAGUUGCAACUUCGGUCAUUGGAAGGCAAGGAUGCGACAGUUAAUCAGAGGAAUUGAUGAGGAUGCGUGGACUGCAGUAGAAGAAGGUUGGUCUGUUCCUACAAUGAUGACCGAUGACAAAACCUUGGCCCCAAAGCCAAAAGAUAGGUGGACUGAUCAAGAGAAGGCAGCAUCGAAGUUCAACUCUAAAGCCCUCACUGCGAUCUUCUCUUCGGUAGAUCUGGACCAGUUCAAAAUAUUCAGGGCUAUCAGUGAACUUGCUAGCAAAGCUUUAGUUCUUGGAAAGAAAUAUGAUGAGAAGGAUUUGGUGAAAAAGCUGUUAAGAUGCCUACCUCCACGAUUUGAAGCAUACAAGGUUCAUGAUCUGGAGAAAGCUAAUCGAACUGCAAAUUCUCAAAAGAGCAUCGCAUUUGUAGCUGACUCUAAAGAGCAGGAUCGAGUCAUAAAGAUCGAAGAGAACUUGGGACUAAUGGCUCGAAACUUCAACAAGCAAGACUCGAAGAACUCUAGGAAGAAGGAGUUGCAGUGCCAUGAGUGUGAAGGCUAUGGGCAUUUUCGCAAUGAGUGUCCGCUAGCUAAACGAAAAGAGCUGAAGUGCAUCGACUGCAAGGGCUUUGGUCACACUCGAAGUGAAUGUCCUAAUAAUUUGAAAAAGGACAAGUCACUCAUGUGUUUCAGUGAUACAGACUCAGAGAGUGACAGCGAUGGAGAUGAGCUACAUGUAAACUUUAUGGCACUUGUCUGUAAGGAAGAAGAACCAAAACUGGAUUCAGCCGUGGAAGAGGAUGGAGAUGAUCUCAACAACGAUCUUGAAACAAAAUACAAGUCUCUGUUCGACAAAUUUGCUGAACUCAGCCAUGAGAACCUGCAACUACUGAAAGAUAUGGUCAUGCUAAAAGCUCAGGUGAAUAUCUUGGAAUUGGAGAAACCCUCGAAUCAAGUUGCUGAAUUAUCAAUCCUAAAGAGAGCGAUGACAGAACAUGAGAGGGUGCAGAAGCAGGUUGAACUGAAGGUAAGUCAUAUGAAUGAUCUAAUAACCAAGGAGAUGGACAGGAGCAAAUUACUUGAAAAUCAACUCGCUGACAAUCUCAAGAGAGUAAGAAUGCUCACUACUGGUACUACAACUCUGGAUCAUCUUCUCACCAUUGGUCAGUGUCCCAGCAGCAGUUUAGGAUUAGGUUUUCAAUGCUCUACAUCCAAAUCUGCUGAAGAAACUGUAUUUGUGAAAGGAAGUUCGAAAGAAAAAGAAAUCCAAGUCUCGACAAAGGUUCAGACUGAUAAUCAGAAAAGUGGGAACCUGAAGAAGACUACUACUACGCAACGAGGAAAUGGAUGCCACUUCUGUGGAAAGCGUGUUCAUAACGUCAGAUUCUGCUACUUCUGGAAAAAUAAGUAUCAACGAGCCUGGAGAAUGAAUCUUUGUUUUAUGAAACCAUCCUUGUAUGGUCAUGUUUGGAUAGCUAAGUUGUACCCGAACUACAAGCAGAGAGUCUCGACUGUCGCACACAGUGAGAAGAAUGAAAUACGCACUGACGCAGAGCAACCUAUCAUUUGUAACCUUGCGAGCCUAUCCACUGAAACUGAGUUAGUGAGCAACAUCGCAUACACAAGUUCUGAUUCCAGCCCACAGUUUCAUACUCCCUGGUACUUUGACAGUGGUUGCUCAAAACAUAUGACGGGAAAUCAAGAUUUCUUUGAGAAGCUCGAGUUUAUCAAAGGAGGCAAAGUGACCUUCGGUGAUGGUGGUCAAGGAAAGAUACGAGGAGUGGGGGAACUGGAUAAGACAGUUUUACCUAGGCUCAUUAAUUUCUUCUAUGUGGAUGGUCUUAAGGCAAACCUCAUCAGUGUCAGCCAACUGUGUUAUGAGGGAUUAGAAGUUAUCUUCAACAUCAAAGUAUGUCGAGCUGUCGAUACUAAAGGAAAUGUGGUUCUAUGCGGUGUGCGAUCUGGAAACAACUGUUAUAUGUGGAAGCCAUCACAUUUGUGUUACUCGGCUAAAGAGUCUAAGUUGGAUCUGUGGCACAAGAGGCUCAGACAUAUGAAUACUAAUGGUCUUACCCGGCUGGUCAAUGCUGAGGUUGUCAGGGGAGUUCCAGAACUAGAGAAACAAACUGACACUGUGUGUGGAGGUUGUUGUCAGCGAAAACAGGUUAAAGUUCAAUACAAGGAGAUAUCUGAGAUCAGAUCCAAGGGGAUGCUGGAGCUGGUGCAUAUGGAUCUUAUGGGACCAAUCAUGCCAAACAACAUUGCGGGAAAAAGAUACAUCUUUGUUCUUGUAGAUGACUUUUCCAGAUACAUUUGGGUAAACUUCCUAAGGAACAAAUCUGACGCAUUGGAGAGUUUUUGCAUUCUGGCCCUGCAACUUAAACAGGAGAAGGGCGGCAUAGUGCAGAUCAAGAGUGAUCAUGGAGGGGAGUUUCAAAAUGAAGAAUUUGAUAAAUUCUGUCACAGUCAAGGAAUCCAACAUAAUUAUGCAGCUCCCAGAACUCCUCAACAGAAUGAAGUAGUGGAAAGGAAAAAUAGGACACUGCAGGAAUUGGCUAGAGCUAUGCUUUGUGGAAAUAGUGUACCAUCCGGUUUUUGGGCAGAGGCUAUGGCUACUGCAUGUUAUGUUAUAAAUUGUGUGUAUGUCAAGCCUAACACAAAAACUACUCCAUAUGAAGUGUUCAAGGGAAAGACGCCAAACCUUAGUCAUAUGCAUGUCUUUGGUUGUCUAUGCUACAUCUUGAAUGAUAAAGAUCAUCUCGGGAAGUUUGAUGCAAAAAGUGAUGUUGGGAUUAUCGGAUUCUAUCAAGCACGAGUAACUCAGAAAAUUGAGUGUGUCACACAGCCGACUUCAUCAUCCUCUGAGGUAAAAAUCAAAGACGAGUUAGAAGGAGAGGAUGACCCGACCAGGGAACAGCGUGUUGAUCUGGAUCAAGCCAAAGUGCAUAAAAAUCAUUCGUCUGCUCCUGUGAUUGGUGGAGUGUUUGACGAGAGAGUCACAAGGAAUAAGCAGAUUGACUUCAAGGAAAUGGUCAAGCUUGCAUGCUUCAUAGUUGAGUUGAACGAACUCGAGUGCUUUGUAUCCUUGAUUAAACCUAAAACACUUCAUGAAGCACUGAAUGAUGAGUUUUGGACCGAGUCUAUGCAUCAAGAGCUUGAGCAGUUUGAUCGAUUACAAGUAUGGGAACUCGUUUCACGCCCUGACGGUGUCAACAUCAUUGGCACUAAAUGGAUUCACAAGAAUAAGACUGAUGAAAGUGGGAACGUUGUCAGAAACAAAUCCAGACUUGUGGGACAAGGCUACACACAAAUCAAAGGUGUGGACUUUGAUGAGACAUUUGCUCCGGUUGCACGACUAGAGUCGAUCAGACUAUUAUUCGGGAUGCCUAAGGGGUUCGAGGAUCCUCACUUCCCUGAUCAUGUCUACAAACUAAAGAAGGCACUGUAUGGGCUUAAACCGGCUCCCCAAGCAUGGUAUGACCGAUUGAAAGAGUUCCUGACUCAGGCUGGGUUUCAAAGAGGAGGAGUUGAUAAAACUUUGUUUAUUGGUGAGAAUGGAAGAGACAUACUUGUCGUCCAAGUCUAUGUUGAUGAUAUCAUAUUCGGAGGAACCUCUCAGUCCAUGGUUGAUGAGUUUGUAAGAACAAUGACCAAGGAGUUCGAAAUGAGUAUGGUGGGUGACCUAAGCUAUUUUCUUGGACUGCAAGUCAAGCAGCUUGAUGAUGGGAUCACGACGAGUAAGACAGCCAAUACUCCUAUGAGCACAACUACAAAGCUGUCACGAGAUGAUGAUGGGAAACCUGUCGAUGAGAAGCUCUAUAGAGCCAUAGGCAGUCUGCUAUACCUUACUCCGAGUCGACCUGAUCUAUGUCUGAGCGUAGGUUUCUGUGAUGCUGACUGGGCAGGGUGCUUGGAUGACAGACAUAGCACAUCUGGUGGAUGUUUCUUCGUUGGAAACAACUUGUUGCAACUUCGGUCAUUGAUCAGAGGAAUUGAUGAGGAUGCGUGGACUGCAGUAGAAGAAGGUUGGUCUGUUCCUACAAUGAUGACCGAUGACAAAACCUUGGCCCCAAAGCCAAAAGAUAGGUGGACUGAUCAAGAGAAGGCAGCAUCGAAGUUCAACUCUAAAGCCCUCACUGCGAUCUUCCCUUCGGUGGAUCUGGACCAAUUCAAAAUAUUCAGGGCUGUUCAUGAUCUGGAGAAAGCUAAUCGAACUGCAAUUUCUCAAAAGAGCAUCGCAUUUGUAGCUGACUCUAAAGAGCAGGAUCGAGUCAUAAAGAUCGAAGAGAACUUGGGACUAAUGGCUCGAAACUUCAACAAGUUCAUCAAGCGAAUGGAGAAAGGAGGAAAUCGAUCCAACUCACGAUUUCAGAGGAAUUACUCAGAUCGAAACAGCUCUCAAUACACUAGGCAAGACUCGAAGAACUCUAAGAAGAAGGAGUUGCAGUGCCAUGAGUGUGAAGGCUAUGGGCAUUUUCGCAAUGGGUGUCCGCUAGCUAAACGAAAAGAGCUGAAGUGCAUCGACUGCAAGGGCUUUGGUCACACUCGAAGUGAAUGUCCUAAUAAUUUGAAAAAGGACAAGUCACUCAUGUGUUUCAGUGAUACAGACUCAGAGAGUGACAGCGAUGGAGAUGAGCUACAUGUAAACUUUAUAGCACUUGUCUGUAAGGAAGAAGAACCAAAACUGGAUUCAGCGGUGGAAGAGGAUGGAGAUGAUCUCAACAACGAUCUUGAAACAGAAUACAAGUCUCUGUUCGACAAAUUUGCUGAACUCAGCCAUGAGAACCUGCAACUACUGAAAGAUAUAGUCAUGCUAAAAGCUCAGGUGAAUAUCUUGGAAUUGGAGAAACCCUCGAAUCAAGUUGCUGAAUUAUCAAUCCUAAAGAGAGCGAUGACAGAACAUGAGAGGGUGCAGAAGCAGUUUGAACUGAAGGUAAGUCAUAUGAAUGAUCUAAUAACCAAGGAGAUGGACAAGAGCAAAUUACUUGAAAAUCAACUCGCUGACAAUCUCAAGAGAGUAAGAAUGCUCACUACUGGUACAACAACUCUGGAUCAUCUUCUCACUAUUGGUCAGUGUCCUAGCAGCAGUUGA